AUGUUACUAUUGCUACUAAGCAAUAAUGUUGAUGGUAAUCAAAUCAAAUAAUAUUGUAGCCAUGAUGAUGGAUUCUUCAACAGAUUCAACUUCUGAUGCAGUAGUGAUUUUAGCUGCAUCAACAAUUUUAGGAUAAGAAAAUUCAGGCCUUUAAGGUUCUGUUAUGGGAGGAACAACAAUUUAUAUGAAAGUAAGAAAAAAUAUAUUCUUUUAGGUUCAAGGAUUAGAUUAGACUGCUAGCAAUAACGCAGUAUAUAUUGGUAAAUACCCAUGCGUAAUCUCUGAUAAGGGAGUCAAUGGAUUGUUCAUGAACUGUAAAACUACAAAACCAGAUCCAGAUGACAAUAACUUAUCUAGCUUAUAAAUUGUUGUUAAGGUAUCAGGUAAACCAGACUCUGUGUGUGCUUUCAUUUCUUCAAAAUGCCUUUAUAGUUACUCUUAAUAUUCUUUGUGAUUUCACUUUAAGUGAUGAAAAGACUCCAACUUUAACCGCAUAUUCAGUUACAGGAUCUCAAUUAUCAUUAACUUUAUCAGAAGGAGUUGGAUUACCAAUAGCAUAAACAGACUUAGAAAUUUCAUAUGCUGGAGCUGAUUGUACAAACAUUCAAUUCUCAACUAACACUUCACCAUAUUCUAUAACAUGUAGUUUAGAAUAAUUGGAUACAUAGAAUAUUAAAGAAGCUGGUGAUAAUUAAGUACCUGCUGUACAUCACAAAGGUAUUGGUUUCUCUAAAAUUGAUGCUGGAGUAACAGGAGAAAGCAUUAAUUUGGUUAUAUCUUCAGUUUUACCAGCCACAGGAUCGCCAGAUGGUGGUACUACUAUUACUGUUACUGGUACUGGUUUCCCUAAAAAUUUAAAUAGAGAUUUUACAUUCUAAAUUGAUGGCUAAGAUGUUCAUCCAUUAUCAAUAACUAAUACUUAAAUUGUUUUUGUUACUCCAAAAAAAGCAGUUGGAGGAACUGGAGCAAUUUCUUUAUCAUUCAAUUAAAAGACACUUGCUAGUAGUUUAUUUACAUAUGAUGAUAAUUUAAGAAUUUAAGUUUUAUCUUUAGAAUUCAAUGCAAAAACACCAAUAUUCAAAGGAGAAAUGACAAUUACAGGAACCAAUUUUGGAACUGUUGUUGAUGAUGUUAAAGUUACUCUCGUAGGAACCAAAUCAUAUAAUGCAAAAGUUAUUUCUGUUACAGAUACUUCAAUCAAAGUUUAUUUAAGAGGAGGAAUGCCAGGUUAAUAUAGAGUUACUAUAACAAGAAAAGAUUAUGGUAAUUCAUAUGCUAAUGCUGAUGAUAACUUAUUUAAAUAUAUCAUUCCUAUCACAAGUGUUACUUUAGAAGAUGGCACUAGUUAGGCUAAAGGUUCAGAGGCUGGAGGAACAGUUAUUAAAAUUACAGGAUCUAAUUUUGUUUUAGGUGAAACUCUUGUAUUUGUUGGUGUAGCUAUUAAUUGGUUCUGUGAAAUUGAUGAAAGUAGAUUCACAAGUGAAGUCAUUUAUUGUACCGUUCCACCAAAAUUUGAAUUCUACAGCGAAGCAGCUUAAUUAGUUGUAGUAACAUUAUAAGUCACACUUGAAUCAACAUGUCUUGAUACUACAAAUAAUUGCUUAUUUACUUAUGAUAGUACAUUAACACCAACUCUUGAUAAUUAUCCAGCAUCUGCUACUUAAUUUACAGGAUCUAGAAUUUUGACUGAGUCUGAUCAUUAAAAACCAGAUUAUCAAAAACUAGUUUAAAGAAAGAGAUUUUUAUGGACAGAGGAAUCAAAGAAACAAGGCCAUAAUCAUAUUUUAAAUCUUGGUAAAUCACCAAGAAGAGAUAUGUUAACAUCUGCUGAUUUAGUUUUAAGUCAAUAAAAGACUUAUGCUCCUGGAGAUACAGAAACAUUAUCUGGAACAGGAUUAACAAAUACAGUUUCAGUAGUAUUCAAAGGUCCAGUUACAUAAACAGUAGCAGCAACUCUUUCUGGAACAUCAUUUACCUAUACAAUUCCAAAUUUACCUUAAGGAUAAUAUUCUACUUAUGUGUUAACUGAAAAUGGUUAUGCAGAUAAGAUUUGGGUAACUGUGAUUGGAUUAACCAUUACAUCUAUUAAUAAUGCUGUUAUUGGUGGAUAAAUAUUAACAAUUAAUGGUGCUGGAUUUAAUGCCGAUAAAUCUCCUACUAUAAAAAUAGGAACAACAUUUUGUACUGAAAUAGAAGUUGUCUCCACUAUCUAAAUUAAAUGUAGAAUGGCCAGAUAAUCAGUACUAUCUGCUGCUGUAACCCUAUCCUAAUUACCGUCUGAAAAUAAUUCAGCAGUUCCUUUAACCGCUACAUAUACUUUAACAAUAACUCCUUCUUCUAGUUCUCCAACAUUCACAGCAAUUAGUGGUGCUACUUAUGAUACUACACAAAAGGCUUAUUUAGCUACAGCAGGAAAUGUUGUUCUUGUAUUCACUGGUAUCAGACUUACUGGUACUACUAUUGUAGUGACAUUGGAACACAUGGGUCAUAAGAUUGUUGGAACUACUUCAGCAUUAUCUGAUACUUCAGUAACAGCUACUUUUUCAAGUUUACCUGCAGGAGUUUACUCAAUUAACUUAUUAGUUGAUACUAAAUAUGCUUAUAUUAGUGAUGUUACUAAAUAGAAAUUAAUUGUUAGCACAGCUCAACCAACUUCAAAUAAUCCAUCAGUAUCCUAUGCUGGUGGUGCUACUGUAACAUUUACAGGAACUGGUUUUGAUUCAGUCAAAGAUUAAAAUUCAGUCAAAGUCUGUGGAUUUAAUUGUCCUAUAACAAGUGCAACAUAUACAACACUAUCAUGUGAAGCUCCAAAAUUAUUGACAACAUCUGUUUUAAAUUAAUAUUCUGCCUUAUAAGAACCUGCAAGAUAUAUUAAACCAUCAGAAGUUACAUUAUUAGCUGAUACAGCAACUUCAGUUUCUAACUUCUUUGAUUUACUAUAAUCAACUUAUUAUACUUCUAGUGCAGCUUCAAAUUGUUAUAUCCAAGUUGACUUUGGAUCAAGUAGAGUUUUAAAAUUACAUUAAUUGAGAUAUAUUCCAAGAAUUGAUAAAUAAGCAAUUCAAUUGAAAGAUGCAGUAUUCUAAUAUACAACAGAUGGUACUACUUGGUAGACUUUAUUAACAGUUGAUUAAACUGUACAUACUGGUUGGAAUAUUUAUGUGCCUCAAUCUGAUAUCACAGGAAUUAAAGCAAUCAGAUUAUUUGAUUCAAGAGGUUCAAGUGGUUCAUCUUGUUAAUUAGCAGAAAUUGAAUUAAAAGGAUGGGUCUUAUCAAAUAGUAAUAAUGCAUACUCUGUUCCAACAUCAUGUAAUGCAGAAAUCUCAGUAAAUGGAUAAGCUAUUGGUACAGUAUCAAAUGCUGUUAGUUACUCAUCAAAUAGUGUUCCAGUUGUUAAUACUGUCAGUCCAGCUACAGGCAGAUUCACUGAAGAAGCAGUUAUUACAAUUACUGGUACUGGAUUUGUAAAUGCAUAAACUACAGUAACUAUAGAUGGAGUCACAUGUGCUAUCUAAAGUGUUACAGCAACUUAAAUUGUAUGUAAAACUGGAGUUAAAGAUCUAGAAUAAACAUAAUUAAAUGGAGUAUUUUAAGUUAGAGUUAAUGGUAACUUGGCAGUUAACAAUCAAUAAUUCAUUUAUGCUACUAAAUGGUCAGAUAUUAAUACUUGGGGUGGAUAUGAAUAUCCAGGAAAUGGAGAUUCUGUUAUUGUUAAUGCUGGAUAAACUUUGAUAGUUGAUGUUAAAACACCUAAGUUAAUGUAAGUUUUAGUUGAAGGAACUCUCACAUUCUCUGAUGAAUUAGAUACAUCUAUGGAUGCUCAUUUUAUUGUUAUUAGAGAAGGAAAAUUCAACAUAGGUACAGAAUAGGUGGCUCAUUAACAUAAAGUAUAGAUUACUUUAUAUGGUGUUGAAGAAGAUGUUUAAAUGCCUGCUAUGGGUAAUAAAGUCUUAGGAUGCCAUUAAUGUUAAUUAACUAUUCAUGGAAAAGAGAGAACUCCUACAUGGACACUUUUAUCAAGCACUGCAUAAGCUGGAGCAACUCAAAUUACAGUAGAUGAUGUAGUAGACUGGUAAGUUGGUGAAUAAAUUGUUAUUACUUCAAGUGAAGUUGAACAUAUGCAAAGUGAAAAAAGAUAUAUUACUGCUGUUAGUGCUGACAAAAAANCUUAUUUAGCCACAGCAGGAAAUAUUGUUCUUGUAUUCACUGGUAUCAGACUUACUGGUACUACUAUUGUAGUGACAUUGGAACACAUGGGUCAUAAGAUUGUUGGAACUACUUCAGCAUUAUCUGAUACUUCAGUAACAGCUACUUUUUCAAGUUUACCUGCAGGAGUUUACUCAAUUAACUUAUUAGUUGAUACUAAAUAUGCUUAUAUUAGUGAUGUUACUAAAUAGAAAUUAAUUGUUAGCACAGCUCAACCAACUUCAAAUAAUCCAUCAGUAUCCUAUGCUGGUGGUGCUACUGUAACAUUUACAGGAACUGGUUUUGAUUCAGUCAAAGAUUAAAAUUCAGUCAAAGUCUGUGGAUUUAAUUGUCCUAUAACAAGUGCAACAUAUACAACACUAUCAUGUGAAGCUCCAAAAUUAUUGACAACAUCUGUUUUAAAUUAAUAUUCUGCCUUAUAAGAACCUGCAAGAUAUAUUAAACCAUCAGAAGUUACAUUAUUAGCUGAUACAGCAACUUCAGUUUCUAACUUCUUUGAUUUACUAUAAUCAACUUAUUAUACUUCUAGUGCAGCUUCAAAUUGUUAUAUCCAAGUUGACUUUGGAUCAAGUAGAGUUUUAAAAUUACAUUAAUUGAGAUAUAUUCCAAGAAUUGAUAAAUAAGCAAUUCAAUUGAAAGAUGCAGUAUUCUAAUAUACAACAGAUGGUACUACUUGGUAGACUUUAUUAACAGUUGAUUAAACUGUACAUACUGGUUGGAAUAUUUAUGUGCCUCAAUCUGAUAUCACAGGAAUUAAAGCAAUCAGAUUAUUUGAUUCAAGAGGUUCAAGUGGUUCAUCUUGUUAAUUAGCAGAAAUUGAAUUAAAAGGAUGGGUCUUAUCAAAUAGUAAUAAUGCAUACUCUGUUCCAACAUCAUGUAAUGCAGAAAUCUCAGUAAAUGGAUAAGCUAUUGGUACAGUAUCAAAUGCUGUUAGUUACUCAUCAAAUAGUGUUCCAGUUGUUAAUACUGUCAGUCCAGCUACAGGCAGAUUCACUGAAGAAGCAGUUAUUACAAUUACUGGUACUGGAUUUGUAAAUGCAUAAACUACAGUAACUAUUGAUGGAGUUACAUGUGCUAUCUAAAGUGUUACAGCAACUUAAAUUGUAUGUAAAACUGGAGUUAAAGAUCUAGAAUAAACAUAAUUAAAUGGAGUAUUUUAAGUUAGAGUUAAUGGUAACUUGGCAGUUAACAAUCAAUAAUUCAUUUAUGCUACUAAAUGGUCAGAUAUUAAUACUUGGGGUGGAUAUGAAUAUCCAGGAAAUGGAGAUUCUGUUAUUGUUAAUGCUGGAUAAACUUUGAUAGUUGAUGUUAAAACACCUAAGUUAAUGUAAGUUUUAGUUGAAGGAACUCUCACAUUCUCUGAUGAAUUAGAUACAUCUAUGGAUGCUCAUUUUAUUGUUAUUAGAGAAGGAAAAUUCAACAUAGGUACAGAAUAGGUGGCUCAUUAACAUAAAGUAUAGAUUACUUUAUAUGGUGUUGAAGAAGAUGUUUAAAUGCCUGCUAUGGGUAAUAAAGUCUUAGGAUGCCAUUAAUGUUAAUUAACUAUUCAUGGAAAAGAGAGAACUCCUACAUGGACACUUUUAUCAAGCACUGCAUAAGCUGGAGCAACUCAAAUUACAGUAGAUGAUGUAGUAGACUGGUAAGUUGGUGAAUAAAUUGUUAUUACUUCAAGUGAAGUUGAACAUAUGCAAAGUGAAAAAAGAUAUAUUACUGCUGUUAGUGCUGACAAAAAAACUUUGACUCUUGAUUAACCACUUACUCAUAAACAUUAUUCAGCUGUUGAAACUUAUGGAACAGAUUAAUUCCCUAUGAAAGUUGAAGUAGGUUUAUUAACUAGAAAUAUUGUUAUUCAAGGUGAAGAAUCAGAUUUGAAAUAUGGUUAUCAUUUAAUGAUUCAUGGAAGAGCUGAGAAAGGAUCAAUUGGUAAAAUAUCAUAUGCAGAAUUCAGAUAUGGUGGUUAACCAAGAAUUAUUGGUAGAUAUCCUGUUCAUUUCCACUUGAAUGGAGAAGUAGAUGAAUCAUAUGUUGUUGGUAAUGCUAUUCAUGAUUGUUAUGCUCGUUGUUUAACUAUUCAUGGUGUUCAUUAUUUGAAAGUUUAAAAGAACGUUUGUUACAAUACUUUUGGACAUGCCAUAUUCUUUGAAGAUGGUAUUGAAACAAAUAAUGUCGUUGAAGAUAAUCUUGUUGCAAGUACUAAAUAAAGUUGGAUCAUGUUAUAAACAGAUAUUACUGUAGCUACUUAUUGGGUUACAAAUCCAUAAAAUAUAUUAAGAAGAAAUAGAUCAGGAGNAUUGUUCUUGUAUUCACUGGUAUCAGACUUACUGGUACUACUAUUGUAGUGACAUUGGAACACAUGGGUCAUAAGAUUGUUGGAACUACUUCAGCAUUAUCUGAUACUUCAGUAACAGCUACUUUUUCAAGUUUACCUGCAGGAGUUUACUCAAUUAACUUAUUAGUUGAUACUAAAUAUGCUUAUAUUAGUGAUGUUACUAAAUAGAAAUUAAUUGUUAGCACAGCUCAACCAACUUCAAAUAAUCCAUCAGUAUCCUAUGCUGGUGGUGCUACUGUAACAUUUACAGGAACUGGUUUUGAUUCAGUCAAAGAUUAAAAUUCAGUCAAAGUCUGUGGAUUUAAUUGUCCUAUAACAAGUGCAACAUAUACAACACUAUCAUGUGAAGCUCCAAAAUUAUUGACAACAUCUGUUUUAAAUUAAUAUUCUGCCUUAUAAGAACCUGCAAGAUAUAUUAAACCAUCAGAAGUUACAUUAUUAGCUGAUACAGCAACUUCAGUUUCUAACUUCUUUGAUUUACUAUAAUCAACUUAUUAUACUUCUAGUGCAGCUUCAAAUUGUUAUAUCCAAGUUGACUUUGGAUCAAGUAGAGUUUUAAAAUUACAUUAAUUGAGAUAUAUUCCAAGAAUUGAUAAAUAAGCAAUUCAAUUGAAAGAUGCAGUAUUCUAAUAUACAACAGAUGGUACUACUUGGUAGACUUUAUUAACAGUUGAUUAAACUGUACAUACUGGUUGGAAUAUUUAUGUGCCUCAAUCUGAUAUCACAGGAAUUAAAGCAAUCAGAUUAUUUGAUUCAAGAGGUUCAAGUGGUUCAUCUUGUUAAUUAGCAGAAAUUGAAUUAAAAGGAUGGGUCUUAUCAAAUAGUAAUAAUGCAUACUCUGUUCCAACAUCAUGUAAUGCAGAAAUCUCAGUAAAUGGAUAAGCUAUUGGUACAGUAUCAAAUGCUGUUAGUUACUCAUCAAAUAGUGUUCCAGUUGUUAAUACUGUCAGUCCAGCUACAGGCAGAUUCACUGAAGAAGCAGUUAUUACAAUUACUGGUACUGGAUUUGUAAAUGCAUAAACUACAGUAACUAUAGAUGGAGUCACAUGUGCUAUCUAAAGUGUUACAGCAACUUAAAUUGUAUGUAAAACUGGAGUUAAAGAUCUAGAAUAAACAUAAUUAAAUGGAGUAUUUUAAGUUAGAGUUAAUGGUAACUUGGCAGUUAACAAUCAAUAAUUCAUUUAUGCUACUAAAUGGUCAGAUAUUAAUACUUGGGGUGGAUAUGAAUAUCCAGGAAAUGGAGAUUCUGUUAUUGUUAAUGCUGGAUAAACUUUGAUAGUUGAUGUUAAAACACCUAAGUUAAUGUAAGUUUUAGUUGAAGGAACUCUCACAUUCUCUGAUGAAUUAGAUACAUCUAUGGAUGCUCAUUUUAUUGUUAUUAGAGAAGGAAAAUUCAACAUAGGUACAGAAUAGGUGGCUCAUUAACAUAAAGUAUAGAUUACUUUAUAUGGUGUUGAAGAAGAUGUUUAAAUGCCUGCUAUGGGUAAUAAAGUCUUAGGAUGCCAUUAAUGUUAAUUAACUAUUCAUGGAAAAGAGAGAACUCCUACAUGGACACUUUUAUCAAGCACUGCAUAAGCUGGAGCAACUCAAAUUACAGUAGAUGAUGUAGUAGACUGGUAAGUUGGUGAAUAAAUUGUUAUUACUUCAAGUGAAGUUGAACAUAUGCAAAGUGAAAAAAGAUAUAUUACUGCUGUUAGUGCUGACAAAAAAACUUUGACUCUUGAUUAACCGCUUACUCAUAAACAUUAUUCAGCUGUUGAAACUUAUGGAACAGAUUAAUUCCCUAUGAAAGUUGAAGUAGGUUUAUUAACUAGAAAUAUUGUUAUUCAAGGUGAAGAAUCAGAUUUGAAAUAUGGUUAUCAUUUAAUGAUUCAUGGAAGAGCUGAGAAAGGAUCAAUUGGUAAAAUAUCAUAUGCAGAAUUCAGAUAUGGUGGUUAACCAAGAAUUAUUGGUAGAUAUCCUGUUCAUUUCCACUUGAAUGGAGAAGUAGAUGAAUCAUAUGUUGUUGGUAAUGCUAUUCAUGAUUGUUAUGCUCGUUGUUUAACUAUUCAUGGUGUUCAUUAUUUGAAAGUUUAAAAGAACGUUUGUUACAAUACUUUUGGACAUGCCAUAUUCUUUGAAGAUGGUAUUGAAACCAAUAAUGUCGUUGAAGAUAAUCUUGUUGCAAGUACUAAAUAAAGUUGGAUCAUGUUAUAAACAGAUAUUACUGUAGCUACUUUUUGGGUUACAAAUCCAUAAAAUAUAUUAAGAAGAAAUAGAUCAGGAGGUUCAGAAUGGUAUGGAUUUUGGUAUGAAAUUAAAACAAAUCCAGAUGGUCCAUCAGCUACUUCAGAUAUUUGUCCUCCAGGAUUAAAUAUACUUGAGUUUAAGGAUAAUUGGGCACAUUCAAAUGGUAGAUUUGGUCUUCGUAUUUUCUAAAUGGCACCAAGAAAAUUCCCUUGUAUUGAUCCAAAUAAUUGGGCUAAUGAUUAACCAUUUUUAGACAAUCCAAGUCUUUAAGCAGUUUUUGAAAAAUUCUAUACUUGGAAAAAUAAUGAGUGUGGUAUUUUAGGAGAAGAAUUGGGUAACAUUUAUUUCAAGGAUAUUAUGAUUGCUGAUUCCAAAUUUGCUGGUUUCUAAGCUCACAAAGGUAAUUACUCAAUUGAAGGAGCUGUUUUAGAUAAUGCUUUAAUUAUUGGUAAAUCAAAUAAUAAUGCAAAUCCUGAUGAUACUUAUUAUGAUGGAUCAAGAGCUCUGGUCGUACCAAGAACAAAUGGAUUCUUAGCUAAAAAUAUCAGAAUUUAUAAUUAUGGAAGUAAUUCUGCUAUAAUUGAAUCAUGCUCUGUAUGUUGGAAUAUGAAAUUAUGGGUAUAAGGUGGUAAAAAUACUUAAUUCUUGAAUAUCAAAGUAUUUAAUUCUGAUUCAGCUAAUCGUAUCUUUUGGUAGAAACAUAGAAGAGAAAUCUUUUGGGAUUAAGAUGGUUCUAUUUCAGGAGUUACUGGAGGAGCAUAUAUUAUACCUUAUAAGAAACAUAUUGAUGGUAUUCCAGGAUGUGUUAAUCAUCCAGAAGCUUAUUGGGAUAAUUCUAUUAUUUGUGCUAUGAAUUAAGUUACAAUAAGGGAUGUUUUGGUCAAUAAUCCUACUCCUACUCAAGAUUUCACAGGAACUGAUAUGAAGCUCUUUAGAUUAGAUAGCACUAAUAUUGCACUCAAAAUGGAUGCUUCAAUUGAUGAAAGUAAAUAUAUAGAAGCUGAAACUAUGAAAAUUAUAAAGAAGAGUAAAGAUGUUAAAUAAUCAUUUGCAAGUGUAUUUGCUACUGGUUUCACUUAUAAUGUUCAUUUCAAAUUCGGAGCAAGUGAUCCAUUAAGUAUGGGUAUCUUUGCAUCCCCAUACUUUAAUUAAGUUGAUGAUGCUGUUAUUCUUAGAUUCAAUUAUUCUGCCAAUAGAGAAACAUUUGAUAUCAUGAGAAACAUAGGAGGAUAAUUCCCAGUUAAUUACACAAAAUUGGAAUAAAUUCCAGAUACUAAGACAUGUAAUUAGGGUGAUUGGUUUAAUGAUAGAACAAAUAAAUUGUUCUUCCUUUGCUUAUCUGGUAAGAAUAAGAAGUAAUAUGAAUAUGUUGAAGUCAGAGGAGUUAUUUGCAGAGAAGAAUGUGAUAGUUUAGGAGAUGUACCAUUAGAAGAUGGAUAUAGAUAUUGGAGUGAUCCUACUACUUGGAUAGAUAACAAAGUACCUGUCGAAGGAGAUAGUCCAAUUGUAUAAGGAGGAUACCAAGUUAUCUUAGAUGUAGAUCCUCCUAAACUUGCUAAUUUAACUAUUUUGGGAUCACUUAUUUUUGAUGAGAGAAGAGCAUCCACUAAAUUAGAAGCAGAGAGAAUCUGGGUUAGAUCAGGUAAACUAUUAGCUGGUAAUUCAACUCAUCCAUUCCCUGGAAAGAUUAAUAUUAUAUUGAAUGGUGAAUUUGGAGAUAAUCCAUUAGUAAUUGAUGCUAAUUUAGAUGUUGGAAAUAAAGUACUUGCUGUUACUAGAGCUAUGGAAUUAUAUUCAACUCCACCUGGAACAGUAUGGACUAGAUUAGUUGUUUAUGCAGAUGCUGGUGCAACUACUGUUACUGUUGCUGAAUGUGCUGGAUGGGCUGUUGGUGAUGAAAUAGUAUUUGGUCCUUCAGGUAGUGACCCAGAAUAAAGAGAGAAGAGAUCUAUUGCAUCUAUUUCUGGAUGUGUUAUAACUUUAGAUUNGGGUAUAAGGUGGUAAAAAUACUUAAUUCUUGAAUAUCAAAGUAUUUAAUUCUGAUUCAGCUAAUCGUAUCUUUUGGUAGAAACAUAGAAGAGAAAUCUUUUGGGAUUAAGAUGGUUCUAUUUCAGGAGUUACUGGAGGAGCAUAUAUUAUACCUUAUAAGAAACAUAUUGAUGGUAUUCCAGGAUGUGUUAAUCAUCCAGAAGCUUAUUGGGAUAAUUCUAUUAUUUGUGCUAUGAAUUAAGUUACAAUAAGGGAUGUUUUGGUCAAUAAUCCUACUCCUACUCAAGAUUUCACAGGAACUGAUAUGAAGCUCUUUAGAUUAGAUAGCACUAAUAUUGCACUCAAAAUGGAUGCUUCAAUUGAUGAAAGUAAAUAUAUAGAAGCUGAAACUAUGAAAAUUAUAAAGAAGAGUAAAGAUGUUAAAUAAUCAUUUGCAAGUGUAUUUGCUACUGGUUUCACUUAUAAUGUUCAUUUCAAAUUCGGAGCAAGUGAUCCAUUAAGUAUGGGUAUCUUUGCAUCCCCAUACUUUAAUUAAGUUGAUGAUGCUGUUAUUCUUAGAUUCAAUUAUUCUGCCAAUAGAGAAACAUUUGAUAUCAUGAGAAACAUAGGAGGAUAAUUCCCAGUUAAUUACACAAAAUUGGAAUAAAUUCCAGAUACUAAGACAUGUAAUUAGGGUGAUUGGUUUAAUGAUAGAACAAAUAAAUUGUUCUUCCUUUGCUUAUCUGGUAAGAAUAAGAAGUAAUAUGAAUAUGUUGAAGUCAGAGGAGUUAUUUGCAGAGAAGAAUGUGAUAGUUUAGGAGAUGUACCAUUAGAAGAUGGAUAUAGAUAUUGGAGUGAUCCUACUACUUGGAUAGAUAACAAAGUACCUGUCGAAGGAGAUAGUCCAAUUGUAUAAGGAGGAUACCAAGUUAUCUUAGAUGUAGAUCCUCCUAAACUUGCUAAUUUAACUAUUUUGGGAUCACUUAUUUUUGAUGAGAGAAGAGCAUCCACUAAAUUAGAAGCAGAGAGAAUCUGGGUUAGAUCAGGUAAACUAUUAGCUGGUAAUUCAACUCAUCCAUUCCCUGGAAAGAUUAAUAUUAUAUUGAAUGGUGAAUUUGGAGAUAAUCCAUUAGUAAUUGAUGCUAAUUUAGAUGUUGGAAAUAAAGUACUUGCUGUUACUAGAGCUAUGGAAUUAUAUUCAACUCCACCUGGAACAGUAUGGACUAGAUUAGUUGUUUAUGCAGAUGCUGGUGCAACUACUGUUACUGUUGCUGAAUGUGCUGGAUGGGCUGUUGGUGAUGAAAUAGUAUUUGGUCCUUCAGGUAGUGACCCAGAAUAAAGAGAGAAGAGAUCUAUUGCAUCUAUUUCUGGAUGUGUUAUAACUUUAGAUUAAGCUCUUGAAUUUGAUCACUAUGGAGCUCCUUCUGUAACUAUUGAUAAGCCUGGAAUUGGACAAUUAGAUAUGAGAGCUGUUGUUGGACAUUUAACUAGAAAGAUUAAGAUUGAAGGAGGACCUAGUAUUCAUGGUUUAGGAUGCAGAGUGUUAAUUUAUUAAUUUGAAGAACCUGAAGCUAAUUUAGGAUUCCCAAGAAGAGGAUACGCUGUUUUACAUGGUGUUGAAUUUAAUAAUUGUGGUCAAUAUGAUACACAAAGAAGUGGAUUAGAUUUUAGAAAUCUAAAUAGUGAUAUUAUUAAGACUCCAAGUGAAGUUGUAGGAUGUUCAUUCCAUGAUACUACAGGCAUGUUAAUGACAGUUUAAAAUUCCUAAUACAUUACAAUAAAGAAUAACAUAUUCUUUAAUGGUAUCAAAGCUUUGGUAUAGAUUAAUAACAGUUAAUUUGUGAAAUUCUAGAAUAAUGCAUUGAUCUAUGUUAAAAAGAGGAUAUUAUCUGAUGGUGGUAUUGCAAAUUGGGCAGUAUUUGGUAACUUUGUUUACAUGGAUGAAUUAACACCAACUUAAAUGACAAGAGAUAUUGUUGAUGUAUCUGGAAAUGUUGGAUAAGGUUCUUAAGAUACUGGUUUCUUUGUUAUGGCAAGUAAAUGCUCUGAUUCAUAUUAAUCAUCAUUCUAUAACAAUCAUUGUUCAGGAACAGUAUUAGCUUGUUUUGGUGUCAGAUAAGAUCCAGAAGGUUAAUGCUCAUAUAUAUCAGGAUUAUAUGCACAUCAUAGUGAAGUUGGUAUAAUGUAUGCUGUUUACAGUGAAUAGAUAUAACUUGAGAAAUCAAUAGUAGUUGAGAAUGAUAGAGGCAUAGCUUUGAAACCUGCUCCAAAUAGCAUAUAAGACAAUAAAAUGAAGCUAAAUAAUAUAUUCAUUUCAGCUUUGGCUAGACCUGAAUGUGUGAAAUGCUAUUCUGCAUCUCUUAAUCCUAAUUGUAGAGGUAGUAUGGGUAUUUAAAUGGGUACUUUAACUUCAUCAGCAUUCCCUCCUAUUUCAUCUAAGCCCUCUUCUGCAUUUGAUACAAUUUGUACAAUUUAAAGAGUUGAUCUCAGAGUUUACUUAUCAAAUGUUGAAUUCCAUAACUUUAGAUUAACUUAUGAUAAUAUACCAAGAUGCUAGAAUAAUGCUGCUUUUAGAUAACAUCAUGGAGCACAUGAUAUGACAGGAUAACAUUAUUUAGUUAAUUCUCCAUGCACCAAUUGUGAAUUUAGUGCUUUAUUAUACAAAACUAGAAAUCCAAAUUAUAGUAAAAUAGGAUGGUUUGGAGGAUGUGGUUCAUUUGAAUGCACAGGAUAAAUAAACUUUUUAGUUGAAGAUUAAACUGGUCAUUUCUUUGGAGAAAUUGGAUAAGGUAUUGGUAAUAACACAUACUUUGGACCAAAUGUAACUUAUUGUUCAAGACAAGAAUCUUGGAAUGGAUAUUGGUGUCCAGGCAGAUAAGCUACUGUAUUAAUGUUUAUGAGUACUGCUGCAGACUUUAAUAAGAGAUUAUAUUCACCAAUUAAAUUGACAGAUGGAUUAUUCUUUAAUGAAAUUAAUAGUUAUGCUGAGUGGAGUUGGGAUGGUCCUGAACCAUUAAAUUUGAGAGAAUCUAAAUUUGUUGGUUUAGUAACAGUGAAUACAGUGAUUAAUAUGACAAAUGCUGGUAUGAAUCCAACUACAUCUGAAUAUUGGUUAUCAAAGAGAUCAGAAGCAGGUAGUCCAGAAGAUUGGGUUAUUUUGAAAUGGUAAUUCUCUGUUCCAUAAAUUAUUUAAGUCAUGGUCAAUAAUAAAGUUAUUUAACCAGGACUUACAACUCAUAAUAAACAUCAUGAUCUUAUGACAAUGACUAAUCAAUGUGGUGCCAAUAAUUACUACUUUGAAAAUAGAACAAUUCAUUUUGUUUUGACAGGUAAAUUGGAUUGCAAGAUUAGAAUAGCAUUGAAGAAUACACUUUAAGUUUCAACAAGACUUGAAAUUAAAACAUCAGAAUUCUUUGGUGAUAAAUUCCUAUAAUAUGCAAGGGCACAAUUAGGAGGAGAUCCUUAUAACUAUUUCAUUAUUGGAACCAAGAAAUACAGAAGAAGAUUUUUGGAAGAAUCUGCAGUUGAGUCUGUUGUUAUUGAUUGGGGUAUUGCAGAUUCUGCAGAAAUUGGUACUUCUGAAGGCAAACAAUCUUAAUCAAGAUUAGCUGAAAUGGCUAGUAAACUAGAAUCAUUAGGAAUUUCAGAGGAGUUGUAAUAAUUAGGAGUUGUUGGUAUCAAACAUGAAUCCACUACCAUUUCUUCAAUUUCUGAACUUAAUUUCAAGAGCACCGAAUAAACAUCAGGUAUUAUUAUAAUUUAUAUUUUUUAGAAAUUAUUUUAGUUCCAGGAGGCAAUACAAAUACUAAUGGUAAUAAUAAUGGCAAUAAUAAUGGAAAUAAUAGUGGUAAUAAUAAUGGCAAUAAUAAUGGUAAUAAUAACAAUAACAAUGGAAAUGGUAAUUCAAAUAAUGAUGAUGAUUUGGUAUUAGUUACUGAUGAAGGAGUUAAUUAAUAAGACACUUCAAAUAAUGGAAAUAACAAUUCUACUAAUCCAGGAACCAUCUAAAAAUCCAUUAAGAAAUCUGAAAACAAUUCUGCAACAGUUACUAUUGUUGUAGCUGUAGUUUGUUCUGUUGUUGGUGUUUCAUUGUUAAUAGCUGCACUUCUUUACUAUAAGAAGCUUAAAUUGGCUAAACUAAUGGCUGCCAGAAAUCAAAAAGUAGACAACGAGUUCUUUAAAGCAAAUAUAACAGAUUAACAACCCAUAGAGGCUCCACAAGAUUGAUU